AUGACACAAAACCGCCAUCAGCCGUAUAAAAGUACGGGCAAUCUUACCCUGAGGCAUCAGUCCUCUGACGAUCCUCUCACAAAUCAAACAUGGCUGGAAAGCUCAUCGUAUUCUUAAGCUUGGCGGUUUUCGCUAAGGGGGCGGUGGUACCCGCGGCGCCGUUGGUGUUACCCGCGAAACUCGAAGAGCUGGACGCGGCGCCGCAGUAUAGUUUCGCGUACGACGUGCAGGACGCGGUGACAGGCGACUCGAAGGCGCAGUACGAGACCAGGAACGGGGACAUCGUUCAGGGUAGUUACAGUCUGAUCGAAGCUGACGGCACCCGCCGCAUCGUCGAGUACACUGCCGACCCGAUCAACGGGUUUAACGCGGUAGUCAGCCGUGAACCGGCAACCGCUCUGGCAGCCAUCGCCGCGCCGGUAGUACCAUAUGCACCUGCAAUAGCGCCGGCCGCAGUGUCACCUGUUUUACCGGCCGCGGCUGCUCCAGCGCCUGCCAUACCCUCUAGCGGACCGGACUCUGACGUCGAGGUGGUGGAAGCUAGGUCUGGACCUCUGCGCUCCGCUCCCAUCCGGGAGCAGCAGCUCAGACAACAGCAGGAGCAGCAACUGCAGCAGCUGAAGGAUAUCGAGAGGCAACAGCAAGAGCAGCAGCAGCAACAACUGCGCCAGCUUCAGCAGCUCCAGCAACAAUCCAGGCUGCACUUCCAGCAGGCGCAACAGCAGCAAGCCCAGCAACAAGCUCAACAACGCCAAAGGCCUGAACAGCGACUUGAAACGGAGGAACGACCACAGAGAACCCAACAGGCCCAGGAAGCGCCCGUCAGGGCUGUAGCUGCCCCCCUGCAGAUCCCGGUUAGGUCUCAACGAGUGAUCACUCUCUCCGAGGCUAAAGGAUUACCCGUUGCCUACUACUCCACCUACUCGUCCCCGGUGGCGUUCGCAGCGCCCCUCGCCUUCUCGGCCGCUGCCGCCGCGCUCCCUUGAAGUACUUUUUAAUUACUAUUAUCGUUACCACUCGCCCACCCAAUCGAUGUUACUGAAGUUUUAAUAAAUCUGUGUUUACGACGAA